CCAGGCCUGGGCGGUGUCUCCGCGGCACUUCCCGGCGGCCGGCUGCUCUGAUUGGGGGCGCUGGUAGCCGGAGCCGGGGGCGGGCCCUGGCGUCCAGCUGUCGCCGCCCCCCUCCAGUUCCUAGCCGGGGACCCAGCCCCGCGAGCUGGCACUGCGGUUGUGGACAGCGGUCCGGGAGGGUUGCUCCAGAAUGAAAAUGUGGCUCUGGUGUUUGGUGGUCUGUUUGGUCCUUGGGACCCUGCAUUCCGAGGUAUCCAGAGGGAAGCUGGCACCUGUGGAUCCUGAAACAAAUAUGAAUGUGAGUGAAAUUAUCUCUCACUGGGGAUUCCCUAGUGAGGAACACCUAGUUGUGACAGAAGAUGGAUAUAUUCUUUGCCUUAACCGAAUCCCCCACGGGAGGAAGAACCAUUCUGACAGAGGUUCCAAACCAGUUGUGUUCCUGCAGCAUGGCUUGCUGGCGGAUUCCAGUAACUGGGUCACAAACCUGCCCAGCACCAGCCUGGGCUUCAUUCUGGCAGAUGCGGGUUUUGAUGUGUGGAUGGGGAACAGCAGGGGAAACACCUGGUCUCAGAAACACAAGACUCUUUCAGUUUCUCAAGAUGAAUUCUGGGCCUUCAGUUACGAUGAGAUGGCACAUUAUGACCUACCAGCUUCAAUUAACUUCAUUCUGAAUAAAACUGGCCAAGAACAAGUGUAUUAUGUGGGUCAUUCUCAAGGCACCACGAUAGGUUUCAUAGCAUUUUCACGGAUCCCGGAGCUGGCCAAAAAGAUUAAAAUGUUUUUUGCCCUGGCUCCCGUGGCUUCAGCCAAGUUCGCUACUAGCCCUCUAGUUAAAUUAGGACGAUUUCCAGAUGUUCUCAUUAAGGACUUAUUUGGGGUUAAAGAAUUCCUUCCCCAGAGUAUGUUUGUGAAAUGGCUGAGUACACAUGUUUGUACUCAUGUCAUUCUGAAGGAGCUUUGCGGAAAUGUCUUUUUCGUUCUAUGUGGAUUUAAUGAGAGAAAUUUAAAUAUGUCUAGAGUGGCUGUGUAUGCCACACACUCUCCUGCCGGAACUUCUGUGCAAAAUAUGAUACACUGGAGCCAGCUUAUUAAAUUGCAGAAGUUUCAAGCCUUCGACUGGGGAAGUAGUGCCAAGAAUUAUUUUCAUUACAACCAGAGUUACCCUCCCUCUUACAAUGUGAGAGACAUGCUGGUGCGGACCGCUGUCUGGAGCGGGGGUCAGGACUGGCUCGCGGAUGUCAGCGACGUCAAUGUCUUACUGACCCAGAUCUCCAACAUGGUGUACCACAAGCACAUUCCUGAGUGGGAGCAUCUUGACUUCAUCUGGGGCUUGGAUGCCCCGUGGCGGCUCUAUAAUGAAAUGAUAAAUCUAAUGAGGAAGUAUCAGUGAACGCCAGACUGGAGACAUUUACUGUCAAGUCAUGUUAAAUUUGUUUGCUUAAUUUCUCUAAAUAUACUUGUUUUCCUUU